AUGCCACCUACUCCGAUAGGGAAACCUGUGCCAAACAGGCGUGGGCGUAAACCAUUGACCACACCACCUAUAAAUAAAAAGCAUAAGCAAAAUUUAAACAAUCAACGAGCUUUCCGUCAACGCCGAGAUGCUUACGUAAAGGGCCUAGAAAUCAAGGUCAAGGAUUUUGAAGAUCAAAUUAAGGAAUUGGAACUGCUUUGCGCACAGGUCCAAAAUGAAAACCGAUCUUUAAGGGAGAAAGUAGCAUCCCUAGAGAAACGUAGGAACGAAGAAAAUGAUUUGUGUGAUGGCGGUCUCAGUAUUUCGUCGACAGAUAUUCAACUUGCCAAUAAAAUUUCCGGCAAUAAAGACGCUACUGGAACAUCCAUGUAUUCGGUACAAGAUAUAAUGGAAACCACUCAAAUGGGCGAAAACCAAAUAUAUCAAGAAAUACAUAAAGACGACAGUUCAUGCGAUGUUGUCAUGAGUGAUGCGUCGACGGCGCGACAAUUCGUCCGUGAUUCACCUUCAUACCAACAAUGUUUGUCGUCCACUUCACCUAAACAUUACACGACACUCUUACCACUCGAAAACAUUAGUUAUCAAUCGCGAGGUCUACCUUCGUAUCUAUCGUCGUUUGAUUUCAAUAAGGAAAAAUAUACCCAUCAACGCCAUCAGUCCCGAAGUGAUUCAAAUUCAUCAUCAAGUUCCUCCAUAUCGGCCGAGGAUAUAAUCAAUCCACCGUUAUUCUGUGAAAAAGACGGGGACAUAUGUUUUUGCGAACCACCUGUCACAGUAGAUGAUUUCGAUUUAAAUAGCGCGAGAACACAAACGCAAAUACCAAAUAACAAUGGAAGAUACUUGGUCACUCAAAAGACAGGAAAGCGUAUAUGUAUGAUUCUUCCUCCUAGACAUAUUAUGCCUCAAAGUCCAUCUACAUCCUCGUCAUUGUACCCUCCGUUUUCAGAUUGCGAGGAUCUCACGCGAAAUACGCGCGUAUGUCCCAGUUUACCGCUUCCCGAAUCACAAUGGAAUUUAACACAGAAUGAACAUUACCUAUCCUCUGCCAGCGCCAUGAGCUUUCCAACUAGUCCCUUUUCUCAAUCUCAUCCACCUCAGUUAAAGUGGCUCUUGGAAAGCAAAGAUCGGAGUUGCGAAAGUGAAAAUUAA